UAAUUAGUUAAGGAAGAAAUUUGAGCUAGGUCUCAAAUCAAACAUUUGAUCCAUGAAGCAGUAACCUAAGUAGUGGUUAUUGUCACCUUUUGAAUCCUUUAUAAGUCAGAGUGACAGCCAGAGCCAACAAGACUACUUUGCCUGGUACCUCCUCAGCUAUUUUUCCUUGGCCUAGCUGAGAAAACUAUAAAGGUUUAAAAUGAGCCUCACAGACAUUCUAAGCCCUUCUGAUAUUGCUGCUGCUCUGCGGGACUGCCAAGCUCCAGAUUCCUUUAGUCCCAAAAAAUUCUUUCAGAUCAGUGGGAUGUCUAAAAAGAGUAGUAGCCAGCUCAAGGAGAUCUUCCGGAUUCUCGACAAUGAUCAAAGUGGCUUUAUUGAGGAAGAUGAGCUCAAGUAUUUCCUUCAGAGGUUUGAGUGUGGAGCCCGAGUGCUAACUGCCUCCGAAACCAAGACUUUCCUGGCAGCUGCAGACCACGACGGGGAUGGCAAAAUUGGGGCUGAAGAAUUCCAGGAAAUGGUGCAGUCUUAAAGGUUCAGAACAACCAGAUAAGACAGAAUUGGGAUGAAUCUGCGAGAGAAACUGCAAACCCUGAAAGUCAGCAGUCCCUUGUGCAUUUACCUUGGUAGUGGCUGCUAUUUACUCACUGCCUUAGAAACAUAAUGAAACACUGAUUUUUUUUUUCCUCAUUGUGUGGACCAUUUACUCUGUUCUAAACUCUGCUUUACCAGAAACUUCCCUUAAAAAUAUCCAAUAAAAA